AAACCCGUCGUGCACUGCUCGACUGCUGCUGCUGCUGCUGCUGCUGCUGCGUCCACACAUCAAACACACAGCACGCCAUGCCGCCCAAAUCUAUACUGAAGAAGGCCGCUGCGCCUGUGCCUGAGCGCAACGGGACCCCCGUGAACCAACGCCACCUAGAAGUUGCCCUGCACCAUGCAAAUAUUCUCGAGCAGCGCAAAGCUGUCGAAGCGCAGGUGCUCGACUCGAUCAUGACACUAAUGGAGUAUCCCCCCUCACCAGACGCAGAUGCCAAGCGCCCCCGAGCUGCAGACGCGCGCGCCUUCGAGGAGGCUGUUGCCGCCUUCCAGCCUGCAGACUACGACGCACUCAUCGAAGAGCGCAACAUCGCCGACAAGUGCGGAUAUGCGCUGUGCCCCAAACCCAAGAGGAGAGCACCAUCGACAGCAAAGAAGCAGUUCGUCGACACAGACAAGGGCGUAGAGAUUGUAGACAGGAAGGUGCUGGAGGUGUGGUGCUCAGACGACUGCGCAAAGCGGGCGCUGUACGUCAAGGUGCAGCUGAACGAAGAGCCUGCAUGGCUGCGCUCGGGUGGUUAUGGGGGGGGGAUCGAGCUCAUAGUAGACAACGCGCAGGAGCUGCGCACAACACUGCCAGUGCGCGCCCAGCAACAAGCUGCACCUGCGCCAGUCAAGACAGAAGAAGAGGAAGACAUGGACGCCGUGUGGGCUGCGCAUGACAGCGCUACCGCGGAGCUCGCACGGGAGCGAGGCGAGAAGCCAGGCGCCGUGAGCAAGGCCAGCAACAGCCUGGUGCAGGACACCAUCACCGAGCACGAGUCUAGCCAUGCGCCGCCACAACCGCCGUCACUCCCUGCCGGCCCGACCAUGGCUAUCGAAGGCCACAUUCCACGACACAACCGUCCCAAGGAGGAAGACGAAGACGGAGACGGAGACGGAGACGGAGACGAAGACGAGCAUGACGAACAAGACUGGGACAAGCACCUGCCUGGAUGAGGACCACACUAUCUGCAGACGCAUGUGCUACAGAAUCGCGUGCGCUACCACUCCAAACGCCAGUAUCGCAACGAUGCCUGCCCCAGAACCAGCGAUUGACACCGAUCGCCGAAUACCCCAGCUGACGCCAGCAAAUCCAGCGAAGACCCGGGAGCACGACCAAGCUGCAGCAGCGCAUCGGUGUAGCCUGGCAGACGUUGCCCUCGAGAUGGGAGUGGAUCGGCGACGGGGCGGUCGAGGACAGUCACAAAAACCCGCGCUCGAUGGAGAAUACAGAGACAGUUUCAAGUCCGAUAUCAAACCGCAGUCUUUACA